AUGCCGCGGCCGAACAUCCAGAAGGACCACCUCGGGCCGGAGCAUCCUCACCAUGACCACCAUGACCACCAUGUCCACCACCUGCACCAUGAACCCGUUGAUCACCUCUCGCAUCUGAUGGCGCGACACCACGCGUCGCUCCUUGAACGCCUCAGUGAGCAGGACGAGAUCUUGCGCGAUAUCCUGUCGCGGACUCACCACCGAACUUCCUGGGGUGGUGGUGCGGACGAGAAGCCUCGGCCGCCGCGACGAAAAUCUUACCGUUCUCCCAUCAAGGUCGUGGAGGCCCAGACAGACGGCAAAUUUGUCAGUGAGACAGCGCACUCUGCACACUCGCACAUCAUCAAAUCCUACACCGCGGAGGACGCGGAGCGGAGAGAUGUGUCCUCCAGCAUCCACGGCCACACCAUGCGGCGGAUGCUGGGCCAGGCCGCGACGAAGUUCUCCCACUUGGCAGCCCCGGCGAGACACACCAAGGACACUUGCACCUCGUGCAUCCGGAAAAUCGUGGAGUCCAGUGCCUUUGAGGGCUUCUUCGCUCUGGUCGUGAUCAGCAACGCCAUCUUUAUUGGAGUCGACGUGCAGUAUGUGAUCGAGAAUCCAGGGCCCAAGCCUGCGAGCUACCGUGUGGCCCAGUACUCCUACACGGCCUUGUUUGUGAUCGAGCUGGCCUUCAGGAUGCUGGCAGCUGGGCGGUCUUUCUGCCGAGGGGACGACUGGAUGUGGAAGGUUUUGGACGUCUUCGUGGUCCUCACAUCCUUGUGGGAGGUCCUGGUCGACAUCUUGCAGGCUAUCUACGAGGAGCAGAACGGCCUCAGUGCUAUCCAGGGCCUGCAGUCCGUCAAAUCCUUUAGAAUAAUCCGGCUGACACGGCUUGUCAGAACCAUGCAGUUCAUCCGCGUCUUCCAGUUCGUCAUGGCCCUGCGCAUGCUGGUGGAUUCCAUCAUCUCGACUCUGAGAUCGCUGUUCUGGGCGCUCAUGCUACUAACACUCGUGGUUUAUGUCUUCGCCGUUCUCUUUGCCACUGCAGUCAACGACUACAAACGUGAGGGCACCGAGCUCCUCCUGAGCGACCAGGACAAUUACGGUGAGGCUGCUGACGGCACUCUUGUGCAGUGUCCUUCGCCGCUGAGCUCCAAGCAAGCAGGCACUGCCUGCAGCUCUCCGAUCCCUUAUUCCCCCCUGCGGCCCCUCUUCCAGUCUCGCUCUUCGACCCUCGGCCGCGCCUCCCCGCACCUCAUGAGUGAGAGGUUGGGGAAGCGGAUGGUAGCGGGGAAGAGGGCCGGAAGGCCUGGAGCUACACAAGGGCAACUCCUCCACAAGAGACCUGCAGAGAGAUCUGGCAUGACAGACACUGCUUCGGCCGACCAACAACGGCCCCCACAGUCAGAGGAUUUGGCGGCCAGUCGCCGCUUCUGGGAUUCAUUGCCAGAUCCUGGGCUCAAGUCAGACAUUGGAGGCUCCAAUCGGUUGAGUGGCUAA